CCCCGAGCACUCGCCCGUGCCGGCGUGCAGCCCAGCAGCACGCGCGGAAGCUGUGCCGACCCUAGUGUGUAACCGGCCAGCUUCUUGGUCGGCGGACGACAACUGCUGCAGAAAUUGCCAAAGCAACGUUUUUAAACAACAGCAAGCGUUACGAAGGUCUGACAGCGUGGACCCAGGUAGGCCUUCUCGCUCGACUCUCGGUUGACUAGCGCCCUUACCAGUCACGAUAUAUAUCAACAUUUAUUAUACGAGCCUGUCCUAAAAAAUUGCACGUUUCAAAACUGGGCCAGAGGUAGAGCCAUCGGCCAACUGUCGCUGCUUGGGCUGCCAAAACCCGCGACGCCCUUUCAAUCACGGCAAGGCGCUCUAUACAUACAUACUUAAAUGAUAUAACCCCAAUAAGCAAUGACAUGGCGCCACCAAGCGUCUGCGCUGUUCGCGAGCUCAGCAAAGUUGCUGAGGAGCACGCUCCCAAGCUCCUGCGACUUCUCGCGGCCGUUGACUGUUUUCCACGAGGCGGGCUGUACAAUGGCUACUAUGCGCUAUGUGCCACGCUGAGGUACGAGAGAAUCUGGCUGCCUCUGCUUCGCGAUGAAGGAGGAGCCUUCACCCCGCCACUGGACGUGGCAUGGGCAUGGUUUGUGCACCGGCAAGACCCGCGCCUGUACGAGGAAACCAUGGACCGAGCCAGUAACGCCACAGCGGCACACCCGCUCAUGACACAGGCCUUCGCAUUCGGUCCCACACGGCCGGAGGACCGCAACGCAUGGGCGUCGGCCGCAGGCGACGCCGAGGCCCCGGUGUGGCCGCCGCCAGCGCCGAGCUCGUCGCACGACCCCACAAUCGCGCUGGGGGUGGAGCACCAGCACCGGCAACCCCACACGCAUACCCACUCGCACGCGCACAUGUUCGCGGUGCAGCUGGCCGCGCUGCUUCCCCGCCUGGCCUGGCAGCUGCGCUCGUGGCUGCGGCCCGCCUACCUGGACUGCGCAUUCCUGGCCAGGGCGGGAGGCAGGUACGCUCGCUUCCUGGCCCUGCACGCCGCCCACCCCGAGCAGCCGCUGCUGGUGCCCGCAGCCGACAUUGCCCUCAUGUGGCACACGCACCUUGGGCUCAGCGGGCAGUACACCGCCGCCUGCCGCGAGCUUUUCGGGCCCGUCCUGGCGCCGUACGGCCUGGAUCCGUUGUGGCGGCCCGACUACUUGGAUCUGACGGUUGAGCAGUUGGAGGUGGCGUACGGCAAAACCGCGGAGCUGUACGAGGCCAUGUUUGGCGAGCCGUACGACGACCCCGACACCGCCUGGCUGCCCCUCAACACCCUGCACCCCUUCGCCGACCCCACCACCUCCCCGCUCGCCUUCGGCCUGUGUGCGCUGGACCGACUGCCCGCGCCCGCGCCCUCCUGCGCCGACGCCGCGACGCAAAGCGCCGCCCUGGCCGCCGCCCGCCGCGCCGCAGAAGGCGUGUGCCCCGCCGCCGCGCGCGCCAUCUUCCCCACCGGCUCCACUGACAUAGCCGGGCUGGACGCCGCCGCACACGACGACACACAGCAACAGCAGCAAAGCCAGCAGGCAGCGGGCCUCGGUGUCGGGAACGCGGGCGCCGGCAGCGCUCCCAUCAACCGGCGCCUGCUGCCCUCUGAAGCCGUGGCCUUUGGCAUGCGGGGCUUGGGCGGCGUGGGGCCGGCGUGCGGCGAUGGCGCGGCGGGUGGCGGCGCCGCCGGAGGCGAGUGCCCGCGCGCGGGCGCGCACGGGCUGUUUGUGGCGUGGCUGGGCUCCAGCCGGGCCGAGGAGUUCUUCAGCCGGGAGACGUGCAGGGGCAUGUGCCUGGCGGGGUCGUGGAGCAUCCGAGUGUCCACCAUCGAGCGUAUGACUCGCGCUGUGGCGGGUCUGAUGCAUUUCCGCGAGACGCCCGCCUACCACACCCACCCCUUCCUGCUGGCCUUCACGCCGCGCGCCGGGAUGUGGACCCCGCGCCGCGUGUCAGCUGCCGGCGUAAUGCAGCGCCAGCUCCAGGCGCAGGCGCAGGCGCAGGCGCAGGCGCAGGCGCAGGCGCAGGCGCAGGCGCAGGCGCAGGCGCAGGCGCAGGCGCAGGCGCAGGCGCAGGCGCAGGCGCAGGCGCAGGCGCAGGCGCAGGCGCAGGCGCAGGCGCAGAUGGCAGACGCCGACGCCGGCGCCUACACCUACCCUACCGCCUCCCAUGAUCCCGACGCCGCCGCCGGGCCCAGCACCAGCAGUACAAGUACUGCGCCCGCCAACCAGCACCCGGCGCCUCACAGCAGUACUACUGCUGACGGGGACGCUGGCGGUGGCGACCCCACCUCCACCAUGUUCACCGGCCAGCCGCCCAGUCUGUUGGAGGCUGAAGCGUUCCUACACGACCCUCGCGGCAUCAUGGCAGGCAUCAGUGCCGUCGUCCAGCUCACGGCGGCGCCGCAGCGCAUGCCGCCGGCGGCGGGCGAGGCCGCCAGCGGAGGCGCCGCCGACGCCGGCGCCAGCGGCACCCUCAGCAGUGGCGGCAGCGGCAGCGGCAGCGGCAGCGUGUGGCACAAGCUGCUGCAACGCCUCCGGCGCGGCGGUGGCUCGGGCGGCGGCGGCAGUGGCCGCCGGUCCAGGCGCGCAGCGCCGCUGCCAAGUGGCGGCGGCGCAGGCACGGCGACGGAUGAGUGGGGGCCCAGCGCCAUCGGCGGCGGGGCAGGUCAGGGCGGCGGCGCCGCCGGUCCCGUAGCGGAGGGCGUGCGCGCGGCCGCCGCCGCCGCCCGCACCCAGCCGGCUCCGCUGUGGGCCCUCAUGCGGAGGCCCAUGUACGCCAACCGCGCCGUCACCUUCUUUGACUACCUGCGCCGCCGCGCCGCCACGUAUGCCGGCGGCACAGGUGACGGCGGCGCCGCCGCCAGCGAGGACGACGCCGGCAGCGACCUGGCGGCGGCGCAGCGGCGGCUGGCGGCGGCGCAGAACUACACGGGCGCCACUGACGGCCGGCGGGCCCGCGGCCGCGGACGGCACGGUGGGGCUGUGGCCGCGGCGCCGGCGGACGCGUAUAUGCGCGAGGUGAUGAAGCGCGCGGGCGGCGUGAAGGAGGCGGACCACGCCCUGGCGGCGCUGCGACGUGACUUUGCGGCGUACAGCUCCGGCCUGUGAUGUGGUGUGUUGUGAUGUGGUGUGGUGUGGUGUGGUGUGGUGUGGUGGGUUGUGGUGGGGUGUGAUGUGAUGUGGUGCACGUGUGCGGUAAUGUGGGUGUGGUAUACAUGUGGUGUGGUGCUGGCAGGCGGACUGCAGGACCUUCGAGCAUACGAUACGCAAUUGGAAUGAAAGGGCAUGACCGCAAGAGAGGAGCAAAACUUGCGUGUGGGCUGUACAUAGGGAACGUGGGUGAGCGCUUGACAUGACGUGAGCGCUUGACACCGGAGACGAAUCUGCAGGCAGAAAGCGCGUGCGUGAAGCCCGCCCUGUGUGGGUUUGGUGUGUUUGGCUGUUGCGACAUUGGACGGUCUUCUGUGUGUGCACCAUGUUGAUGAUUAUUCACCGACACUGCUUUAAUCUGGUGGGCAGUGGAACCUCGCAUGCCAUUUCCCGUUGUCAUGCGUGGGCGCGGUGGCACAUGCAGGCGCUGCGCGUAGAGUACGGGUUUUUGAGCCAGAGCCAAUGCUGUUAGGACAUGUCUUUAAGCAACGGAUACCAUCCGCAACUGUCAAGCGCUUUUGCGCUAUCAUGUGUGGUGUAGUGUUGCAAGGGAUGCGGAUGAUGAACUUGACUGCUUGGGAGGCGGCAUACGGCGGGAAGACCCCGAGGAACGGCACUGUUCAUGCUACCUACGCACAUCAUUAGUUAGUAUUAAUCUGCACCAACUAGUGCCUACCUCCUACCAUGUUGGCGUGCGUGUCCGCCGGCUGCUGAUUAGAUAUUGAAUGGUUGUUCGAAUUAAUGCGACUUUGGACUGUAUUGAACAGGUACCGAGCAUGGCGCGCCGGUACGUACAUACCGCACAUAAGCCCAUGCCCGGAAAUGCAUGCUAAAUGCGCAUCCACAUAAGAGCAGAUCUGCUUGCGGAGCGAUGCCCUUGGUUGUUGUGGCCGCCGGUUUUCAGCUUUGCUGCGGCAUGGAGUGCGUGAUGGAGGGGGCGUGCCGUACACUGCGCUGCCACAGCUUAGCGUCAUGCAUGCAUGGUCGCACGGUUGGGGGGACGCGGGCCCGUCUGGUUCUGGUCUGCUCUGGAGCCAUGCGGGGGACAAUGCACAGCAGAUAAUAACAGGCGUGUCAACAUGGCCUGCAUAGGCAAUAAUGGCUUUUCCCGGAUGUGGUUGGUUGUUGCGUGGAGUGGUCAAGUUUUUCCCGGGCGGGUUUAACAUAUAUACGGUAGGUGUGCACCACGCGCAGUUACGGACUCAUGACGGGCCACUAGAAGAGUUUACAGCAAGUACCGUACCGUAUUCAAUGUCACCGCAGGCCAAUGUCCUGUCAUCUGAUUACCGAUUGUGGCAUUCCGACCGUGCCUUCUGACCGCCGAGGGUUUGAGCAAGUGUUGGAGCAGAUCAGGUUUGGCUUCUCCCCUGGUUUGGCUCCCUAUUGGUCCGCGCGUCUGAUGUACCGUGACACGCUUGCAUGGACACACUUGCACACGCCACGCACAGCUGUGCCUGGAUUGGCGGUGGCUACGCACGUGGUUUUGGGCUGGGCCGAUUGUCUGAGCCGCCUGAGGGAAUCCGGGAGACGAGGGACACAACCACCUCCCUUACUGGGCUCCUUUCUUUUGACGCGAGGCGAGGCAUCACAUACAGUGGCAGUGGUGGUCUCGGGGUGGCCUGCAUGUAUAUGGCGUGCAGCCGUGCAUGUGAAUGUCGCCCACGGUUUUGUCCCGACCUGGUAAUGAUAUUGUUACAGG